GGGCACUCCGGCUUUCCUCCACCUCCAAACCUGGCACGUCCUUAAAUGACCCUGGCUGUUAAUAGGAUGUUAAACAAAAACAAACAAACUGUAGGUGGAGAAACUGCGAGCAUAUGGAUACAACUGUUCAUCGGCGGAUCUUGUUCGUCCGUAAAUUUUCUUCAGUAACGGACCCCAACGGACUGGUCUGGGGCCCAAUGCCAGCUGGGAGACUGAAAUCGGGCGAGAUCUCAAUGCUACUGUACUGCAUUUCAAGACUACAAGAUAUGACAAGAAAGCAUUUCGUCGCGAAGCUGUCCUGGCGUGGAACGGUCUACAUUAUGUACCUAUCGACGUUAGAAAAACCAAAUCCGUUCCCGUCUUCAGGAGAUUUUAAACCACCUGGGACAACUCCAUAUGUAGCUAUAACGUUGUUGACAAAUGUUCAAUGGACGGAGCUGAUGAGUAUCUACAGUUGAUGGCUCUCUUUACAACAAUCAUGCACCAAGUCUGUCACGGAUGACCUGGCUUAUGUGACGUGAAACGGACAAUUCCACAGUGACAAAGUCUGUCACGGAUGACCUGGCUUAUGUGACGUGUCACCGACAAUUCCACAGUGACAAAGUCCGUCACGGAUGACAUGACGUAUGUGAUGUGUAACGGACAUUUCCACAGUGACAAAGUCCGUCACGGAUGACAUGACGUAUGUGAUGUGUAAUGUACAAUUCCACAGCGAAGACUGAAAACUUUCUACAUUGAGGCUAGUUGUAAAGAACAUGGACAGAAACUGCCUCUCUGCAUGUUAUGUUGCUUUAGAAUGGCCACACCCAGUGGUUUAUUCAAUGGAAUGUUGUUAUGUUGAAAUCACUGGAUCAUAAAUGGAUGUUUUAACAAAAAUCAAUGAGAUAUGUAAAGAUUUAAUGUGACAACUGAAGUAUGUCCAUUAAUCAAAAAUUACAUUUUCACAGAUAGCAAAGCCGGUAUGUACCAGCGAAUGUUUCGUAAAUAACAUGCCAUGAUUAUUUUGAAAAAAAAAUAGUAUGCGGUAAACAACUGUUUUAUGUGAAAGACUAUAAUGCCUGAACUUGUUUACAUGUUAAAAUAUUGUUAAUAUUAUCAAACACGCCUUUUUAUAAGGCUGUGUUCAUUUUUGCACAAUCUGAUACAUAAAUAUGUUCUUUGCAAUAAAACACAAGACAAAGAAA